GUGGCGCCGCAGGUGCGCGGCAGGAUGCCCCGCGCCGCCCCCAUGGCCAUCAGCAGCCCGCGGCUCAGUGCCGCCCUGGGCAGGCCCGUCAGGCUCACCGUGCGCAGCGGCGCCUUCCAGGGCGUGCUGCAGCACCUCAGCCCCGACCGGAGCCUGCUCCUACGGACAGUGAAGAACUUGGAAACUGGCAGAAGCACCCCAGGAGUAAAGAUGUUCUUUGAACACGAGAUAGUCAGUGUGGAAUUGCUGGAUGAACCGAAUUCAGGGAAUGGAACAGCAGUGCUUUCCGAGUGCACUUCAGCUGUUGAGGGGAAUGGGAACAAAGGAGCAGACACAGGACAAGCAGAUUGUAGCCCAUGGAGUUCUCCAGGCGUUUUCCCCGACAGCCAGCCCAGAGCCUCGAAUAGUUUAAACUACUCCCUCUCAGAGAAAGAGGAAGAAGAGAAGGUAGAGUACACAGUUAUUGAUUGCUUCCAGCAGAAAUUUGGCCCAGCAGUGCUGCACCUGAAACAGCAGCGUGUUGUUAGUGUAGUUGGAGAAGGUGUUAAUUUAUGUCGUCAUGGAAAACUCUCAUGGCUUCAGAUAGCAACAAAGAGCCGUAUUUUUCUGUUUGAUAUUUUGCUUCUGGGCCCUCAAGCUUUCAAAAAUGGAUUACAAAUGGUGCUGGAAGAUAAAAACAUCUUGAAGGUCAUACAUGACUGCCGUUGGAUCUCAGACUGCCUUUUUCACCAGUACAGCGUCCUUCUCUGCAAUGUCUUUGAUACACAGGUGGCUGAUGUUCUGCAGUUCUCAAUGGCGACGGGUGGCUACUUUCCGCACCGCGUCUGCACGUUGCAGGAGUGUUUGAUGCAGCACUUGAAGAUACCUUCCAAACGGGAUGCCCUCGUGAAGUGCAGGCAGGAAGUGGCUUCGGAGAAUCCUGAUAUAUGGUUCUUGAGACCCUUUCCACCUUCUCUGCUUCAAGCACUUGCUCUGAAGGCUAUGUACCUUCUGCUGGUCCACUCAUCUCUAAUGGAUAAUUUGAUGUCUGACCUAACAGCUGUGGUGAAUGAUUACUUAAAUGCUUAUCAGACUGGAUCUAGAGGUCACCUUAGGAGCACAAAGCCCACUUGCACGGAGCUGCCAAAGGAGCUGCGUCAGCUGGCAGGCGUCCAGAAGCUGCGAAGGGAGAAAGCAGUGAAAGACUACAGGAUGAAUGAGGAUGGUCUUUUGAUCAGGCCAGCCGUGAAAAUGAAUGAGAGAAGCGAUGCACAGAAGGAUGCAGCCCAUAGAGAUGACGGGGACUGUCUUCCCCCAAAUGAAGCACUGUCUCAAACAUCCUUCAACAAUCAGGAUCUACUUCGUCAGGAAAAGAAUGAAAAUCAAAAUCAAGUGGCAAGUCUGUGGGAGAACCUCAAACCAGCCUCAAACUGGCUGUAAAAAUCUUUGAUACAGGUGACUUGAUGAGCUCAAAUUGCGGAUCUGACAUCCAAAUGAACGAAAAGGGGCUGUUCCCCAUGUAGAAGAAGUACCAAAGAAAAACUCCUCUAUUUACAAGGACAGGUAAACGGAUUGUUGAUGGGAAAUAAUGGUCUCUCUAAUGCCAAUUAAUGCCAAUUCCUGCUGUGAUUUGUCGAGAUCUGUUUUGAGAUCUUUUUUUUUAAUGAGCUGGUUUUGCUCUUGACUUUUUUUAUUAGACAACUGUCUUAAGUUGUAUUGGUUCUUUUGUUAUCAACUGUUGCAGCACAUGUAAAACUCCCACCAAAUAUCUAAAUAGGGGAGCUCCUAAGAUGCCUGUUCAUUGAGAUUAGAAAGGGCUUGCUUGGAAAAAACAAGAGUUCUGGCCAACUAACGUGGGCUUGGUUUAUUCACAGAUAAGUCUCUUGGCGUAUCUAAACAACAGCCACGCAUAGGAGAGUGCAAAAUAUCCCGCCCUAAUGAACAGCUCUGCUGGCAAAAACGGCAGAGGUGUACUCCUUAAAGGGACUCUUCUGCCAAGUCAGGGAGAUUUUAGGCUAACUGACAAAAGAAGCAGUCUGCUUAUUAUGUUGCACUCUGCCAUUGUUUGUCAGCCCUACUCUAUCGGACUCUUGUAGAUAAGGCUGUAACAGUAAUGUCUGUAUACACACAAGUGUCUGUGGGGGAGCAGUUAAAUUACUUUAAAAGGUGUCUAGCAUUUUCCCCAAGCAAAGUAAGGUAUAAAGGCAAAACUAGUUUAUUCUCAGUGUGCUUGCUUUGGCUGUUACUCACUAAAAGUAAAACUUUUCCAGCUGAUAGCACUCUGCCACAGUGACAAAGGUAAUGCAAGCAGUGCCCGAGUCUUGGACCAUUUUUUGGCAUAACCUUAACGGUAUUAUGUAACUAAACUGUAUAGUUCCUUUGUCUCAGUUUACUGUAGAAAAAAUAAACCAGGUUUGAAACAAGUUUCUUACAGCUUUUUAUGUGGAGAUCCAGUCUGUUUCAGUUGGUCUGCUAGGGGAUGCUGGCAGUGGACUGGGCCCCUUCUCAGCACUGGAGUUCGUGCUGUUCAUCUGGAACAAGAUUUUCCCAGGCAGUGAGUGAUGGUGUGGAACACACAGGCUCCUCAGAGCCAGCUCUGAAGUGCUUGCAUUGUAUUUUCACAACUGAAAUCAUCUGGGUCCACCCAGUCCCAUUAGAGGAACAGGGAGAAUGGCAGCGUGUCAGAUGAGGGAGGGACGGUUGGAUGUAAGGGCUUCGAGUCUGGGAGGUAGGAGAGUGGGUUUGGUCUCGGUGCAGGAUAGACUGAGCUCUACAGGCACCCUUCCAGAGGAGAGAUUGAGCUGUGCUCUUGGACUCUUCCAAGAGGAAACAAAGUUCUGGCUGGAACUAUUACAAAAGAAGGAUUUUUAGUUAAGGGACGGACUUGAUAGUACGACUACAUCUCUGUUACUGCAUUACUUAAAAAAACCUUCCUGAGUAAACGAGGCUGCAGCUCUCUACUGUUUUAUGUAAUGGCAUAAGGGAAAGAAAGGGUUGGGACUGAUGAGUAUCAAUGAGCGGCAAAUGCAGAUUGAAAAUGACAAGCUUUUUGAAGGAGAAGAAAGAAAGACUUCUGAAAUACUUCUUAAAACGAUCCAUGAAACCUUUCAAUGUUGCUGCGUGGUGGCUUUUGAUAGGGUUCAUUUUCUAAGCAACGCGCGGAAGAGCCGCGCGCUCUGCCUCCUCCCUGUGCCUGCUGGCUGCAGCCAGGGCCGCGUGCAGGUACAGGCAGCUCCAGCCGAGUCUCGGGGGCCGCAGAAACGCUCCGCUUUCCGUGCGCUGCCGUGCCACGGCUCUCCGUCACGGAGCACGACCCCCGUCUGCGUACAACCAGCGGCCCGCAGCGCC